AGAUCAUAUUGCAACAUCCACAGAUUGUAGAGAAUCUUCAAAGCAUCUACGCCCUUACCCUCCGCAAACAGAGACUUAACAAAACUAGGGAGGUUACCCAGGCCAAACUAGCCUUAACAAAGUCAUUUAAUUAUACUAUGCCCAUUGCCACUCCAUCAAAAUCAAAGCACAGAAAGAUUAAUCCACAAUGGGUUCUAAAAAGAGACAAUAUCAAAGAUUUUGAGGAUCCAUUGUCUGCAGUGAAUUUUGUCAUGAAUGUCUUACAGAUUGGACCAAAAACUUGAGUUGUAAACAAAUCAUGUAAUAUUAUAUCAAACAAUAAUUAAUGUGCCUCAGAGACUGAUUUGACAGAAACUGAUACUGUUGUAAAUGACUUGUACUUGUAGAACUUGUAGAUAACUUACUGACCAACUCAAGGACUUGUAUAUUUAUGUGAUAUGUUUUUUUUUUGUUUUUACAUUUUGGAUACAACUUUUGGAGUGUCCUAAAAUGUUUUUGUUACAAAGGAAACAUAAUUUGGUGCUCAUGUUAAAUUCAUAUUUGUGCCUUAAGGGCAAUGCCUGUUUUAUGUAAAUAACAAUGAAGGUAUUGAGAUGGGUCAUGGCCAUUAUGUUUCAAAAUGUGUAUUUGUGAUGGUACCGGUAUAUAAUUGGUUGUAUUGAAAUGCAUUUAAAAGUCCAAGACAAUGUCGAUGAACACUAGUAAUGAAGCGUUUUAGUUAUUUUCAAAAGAAUACAUACCAUUCUUUAUUUAAGCCAUUAAAAGAAAUCAAAAGCUUCCUCCAUGGUUGAAAAAUAUAUAAUGCACGC